CUCCCUCUCCCUCUCCCUCUCCGCUAACCCUAACCAGAGCACCCGCCCCAGUACUAGAGGCUCUCCCUCUCGCCUCUCCAAAAUAUUUUAGCCUAUCAGACAAGUUCUUGAGAGAACUCAGACAAGUUCUUUCGUUCAGUACGAGUACAUAACAGAAGCAUCAAUGGAGGUCAACAUGAGCUUUUCAAAUGACAUGGAUGAUGAAUAUGAGAAACUCUUUAGGAGAUUGAAUCCACCCAGGGUUGUGAUUGAUAAUGAAGCUUGCAAGAAUGCUACUGUCAUAAGGGUAAGAGUUUUGGUGUCCUUUUUUGGUGGGUGUGUGCUCUUUAGUCUUGACCAUCAUUCUUGUUGUUUUUUGGGUACUAAAUAUUUCAUUGUGUUACAGGUUCAUAGUGCUAGCAAACAUGGAACACUUCUCUGUGGGAUUUUAAUUCAUGUCCAGAUUUUAAUUCAUAUUAAAAGUUAGCCAAUUCAUAUUAAAAGUCAGCCAUGUAUAGAAGAGAAACAGAGUUGUGUUGUUGUUGCCGAAAAACUACGCAGGAUGUAAAUUUUUAAAAGCUGAACAUCAG